CAUCUCAAAACAAGUUCUCGUGUAGAUGGCUGCAGCAAACGAUAAUGUGCCAAGAUAUAUACCAAGUCUAAGCCCAAGUAAAUCACCUUUACCACUUCUUAGUAAUGGAACAUGUUCAACAAUGGAGAUGGAAUCACCAUGGACAGCUUCAAAUGAGCAGCAAAGAGGAUUUAGUGACCCCCCUAAUUCUUCUUGUGCAGCAGCUGGGGUUUCAUUGACAUGGGAUGAUUUAUGGGUAACUGUACCUUCAUCAGGAAGUGGUAGAAGUGGCAACAACAACAAUGGUAGAGCUCUACUUGAAGGGCUUAAUGGGUAUGCUCAACCAGGUGAGAUCUUGGCUAUUAUGGGUCCUUCUGGUUCUGGAAAAUCAACUCUUCUUGACGCAUUAGCAGGAAGACUCGCAUCGAACACUGAACAAUCGGGGUCAAUUAAAGUAAAUGGUCGAAAGCAAGCAUCGGCAUUUGGAACGUCGGCUUAUGUCACUCAAGAUGACGCACUCACAACAACGUUAACGGUUAAAGAAUAUGUUUACUACUCUGCUAUGCUCCAACUACCUAAAUCCAUGACAAGUUCUGAAAAGAAAGAGAGAGCAGAAAAAACAAUAAGAGAAAUGGGAUUACAAGAAGAAAUGAACACAAGAAUUGGAGGGUGGAGCAGUAAAGGACUUAGUGGAGGACAAAAACGAAGAGUAAGCAUUUGUAUAGAGAUUUUAACACGUCCAAAACUUCUCUUUCUAGACGAACCCACAAGUGGUCUCGACAGUGCAGCAUCUUAUCAUGUCAUGGACAGGAUUGUGAACCUCACGCAACAAUGUGGAAUGACAGUUAUUGCGUCCAUUCACCAACCAAGCAGUGAAGUUUUUGAUCUCUUCCAUAACGUUUGUCUACUUUCUUAUGGCAGAACAAUUUACUUUGGACCAACUUCUGCAGCAUAUGAGUUUUUCACAUUUAGUGGAUUCCCUUGCCCAACAAUGAGAAACCCAUCAGAUCAUUACCUGAGAACAAUUAAUAAGGACUUUGAUAAAGUAAGUCUUAUCAAAAAUGUGGAUAUUGAGCAAGGUUUUGUGGGAAACAAACAAGCAACUACAGAUGAAGCAAUCAACAUAUUAGUGGACUCAUACAAGUCAUCUCAGUUCUUUCUACUAGUAAAACAUCGAGUAUCUGAAAUAUCAAACAAGGAAGGGAGGGUACUUGAGAAAGGAAAUCAAGCUAAUUUCUUCACGCAGUCUUUUGUCCUAACAAGAAGGUCAUUUGUGAACAUGUAUCGUGAUUUAGGUUACUACUGGUUACGUCUUGGAGUCUAUGUUUUAGUAUCUAUUUGUCUUGGUACGAUAUUCUAUGACAUUGGCCACAAUUUUGGUUCGAUACAGGCUAGAGGUUCAAUGCUUAUGUUUGUAGCUACAUUAUUAACUUUCAUGUCAAUUGGUGGAUUUCCUUCUUUCACAGAGGAUUUGAUGAUAUUUGGCCGAGAAAGGUUAAACGGGCAUUACGGUGUUGCAGCCUUCGUAAUUGCGAAUACACUUUCCUCUAUACCUUACUUGCUUGUAAACACCUUAAUACCUGGAGCUAUUGCUUAUUACUUAGUUGGUCUUCAAAAAGGAGUCGAGCAUUUUUUUUUCUUUGUUCUAGUAAUGUUCAUAUCAGUAAUAUUAGUCGAGAGCUUAAUGAUGGUCGUGGCUACUAUGGUUCCUAAUUAUCUUAUGGGUAUAAUAAUAGGAGCAGGAAUUCAAGCUAUUAUGAUGCUAAAUGCUGGGUUCUAUAGACUACCGGAUGAACUUCCAAAUCUUUUCUGGAAAUACCCAAUUUAUUAUAUUGCAUUUCAUAGGUAUGCAAUUGAAGGACUCUACAAGAAUGAAUUUGAAGGAUUAAGUUUUCCUAAGAAUCAAGGAAGUGUCUCAUCAACUAUUACUGGUGAAGAAAUUUUAGUAACAAUAUGGCAUAUGCCUAUGAGUUACUCAAAAUGGAUUGAUAUGGUUAUUCUAUUUGGAAUGGUGGUUUUGUAUAGACUAAUAUUCUUUAGCAUUAUCAAGAUUUCUGAAAAAAUUAAACCAAUACUACCAACCUUUAGAUGUAUAACAUAAGCAAACAUAAUGAUCUGAUCAUGCCAUUAACGCUUUCCAGUAUACAUGAAUAAAUACACUUCAAUUAAAGUAUAAGUUUUUGUUAUUGCAUGAUAUUAAUGUAAGUAUAAUGUAACAUGAUUAUAUUACGCAACAUAUGAAUU